CACAGGCUGGCAGCCUGGCCCCUUUUCACACCAUCCCUUAUUGUUUUUCAGUAUGUGAUCACCUUUGCUGGUUUCUGUGUGUGCCUUUGAGACCCUUCACAUCUCAAUUUCUUGGUGUUCCCAUUUUCAACAUGGGCCAUGAAGGGAAAAGAGAGUAAUCUUAGAAAUAAAGAAGGUUUGCAGCUUCAUGUUUAAUCUUUUGCUUCUUUUUUCUUGACUAGGGGAAUGAAGACCGUAUGAAGUCAGCUCUGGCAUGAUAAGAAAUAUGAGUAUCUACUUGAUAUUUAGGAAUUUGGAAAUCAAAAAUCAGUAAUGAAAGGAAUCCUAUAGGAAGAAGAAAUCCUCUCAAUAGUGGAAAAAGAAAAAGGGAACAUUCACAUGUCUAUAUUGCAGUUAAUCAUAUACAAAACAGUCAUCAUGGAGGAGAAACUCUAUACAUGUCUUGAGUGUGGAAAGAGCUUCACUCAGAGGAGCCAUCUGCUACAACAUGAAAGGACUCACACUGGGGAGAAACCCUAUAAAUGUCUGGAGUGUGGACAGAGCUUCGCUCAGGGCGGAAGUCUACAUAGACAUCAAAGGAUUCACACUGGGGAGAAACCUUAUAAAUGCAUGGAAUGUGGACAGAACUUCAUUGAAAGUGGACAUCUAUGUUCACAUCAAAGAAUUCACACUGGGGAGAAGCCCUAUAAAUGCCUGGAGUGUGGACUGAGCUUUGCUCGUAGUGGAAGUCUGCAUUCACAUCAAAGGACUCACACAGGGGAGAAACCCUAUAAAUGCCUGGAGUGUGGGCAGAGUUUCACUGAGAGUGGAAAUCUACGUUCGCAUCAAAGGACUCACACUGGGGAGAAACCCUAUAAAUGCCUGGAGUGUGGACAGAGCUUCACUGAGAGUGGAAAUCUACGUUCGCAUCAAAGGACUCACACUGGGGAGAAACCCUAUACAUGCCUGCAGUGUGGACAGAGCUUUACUCGUAGUACAGGUCUACAUUCGCAUCAAGGGACUCACACUGGGGAGAAACCCUAUAAAUGUCUGGAGUGUGGACACGGCUUCACUAAUAGUUCAGGUCUACAUAAACAUCAAAGGAUUCACACUGGGGAGAAACCCUAUAAAUGCCUGGAGUGUGGACGGAGCUUUACUCAGAGAGAAAACCUACGUUCACAUCAAAGGACUCACACUGGGGAGAAACUCUAUAAAUGCCUGGAAUGUGGACAGAGCUUCACUCAUAGUUCAGGUCUACGUUCCCAUCACAGGACUCAUACUGGGGAGAAACCCUAUACAUCCCUUGAAGGAAAUGAUUAAGGUUACAUUUACAAUGACUCCACAGUUUUGUAUCUUAAGAGUGCUGGAUGAUCAUCCAGAAUGAAAA